AUGGCGAGCCAGGUAAUGGAGUACGCGCUGCAGGCCGUGGAGCGUGUCAAGUCGUUCCGUGAUACGCGCCUCUCUACGGUGCGCCCGGUGGGCGAGUUCUUCGACUACCACCGCAUCAGUGCGCCGCGCGACACGAACGAAGCAAUCCAGCGUAUCACGUAUAAUACGCGCCACUUUUCGGGUAACUAUGUGGUGCUGAUUGGUUUGCUUUCGGUGUAUGGCCUCUUGACGGACCUUCUGUUGUUGGUUGCGAUCUUUAUUUUGGUCGGUGGCUUUGCAGCGAUCAACCGCUUUGCCCCGGAACCCAUGCAGGUGGGAAACCACAUGGUCACGCAGAAGAGCUUGUACACCAUGCUCUUUGUCGUCGUGUUGAUCUUGUUGUGGUUCGCUAAGCCGUUCGCGCUGAUUUUCUGGCUGGUGGGCAGCAGUGCGUUGCUUAUUUUGGGCCACGCAGCGUUCAUCGAGCCGCCCGUGUCGAGCGAGUACGCUGGUGUCGAGACGGUGUAA